AAAUUAGAAAGUUCCGAUCAUCCAACCCUCAAAGCACUCAACGAUGAUUUGUACGUACGAACUGCGAAAGCUAUACAUUUAUAUCGGACCGGCGAUGUUCGUCAAGCGAAUAAAAUUACCACUCAAAUAUUGGAAGAUGCUGGAAUGUUUCAGCAAUCAGCCACUCAAUAUGAUUAGUUUUGUGUUUUAA